ACUUAUUUGAAGUAAACUUUUAAUUUUAAACAUUAUUGUUAAGAAUAGUAAAAAUAAAUAAUGGAGGAUUCCAAUGAAAACCGAUUUUUGGAAACUAUUAUCGAAAAAGCUAAAGAUAUUGGAGGUCUCUUUAUAAUUGCCAGCUCUGUUACGUUGAAUCGUUCAAUACUGUACUGUAGCGUACAAUUUUCGGAAAAAAUAAAACUUUUACGUACUGUAGUACUUAAAAAAAAUGCUUAUCUCGAUUUCCUUUUUGGAAAACAAACUAAUAUACUUUCGAUUAAAAGAUAUAAAGAAGCCAUAGAUUUAAACAAGAAAGAAAAUGUGGAGAUGGUUCUCUAUGAUGCGUCAGGCUUUAAAGCAUGGUAUUUAGUGUCAACUAUUCCUGUAUUCAACUGCAACCUUGAACAAACGCUUAUACUAAUAUUUUUCAACGAAAUAGGAUAUUUAAAAAAAUCUUUAAACGAGCUAGAUUCACCUAAAACAAAAUGGCGAAACAUUGCUAGGCGUGUAAUGGUAAAAAACAAAAUGAAGUUAGAAAAUAAUAAUUUUGAUAAAAAAAUGUCAUUAGAAGAAAUGAUCAGCUUUUACGAAGAAAUGUUUAUACCAUUCUAUGGACGAGAAAAAGUUAAGUUACCAGAGUAUGUUAUUUCUCAAGAUCACAUUUUGAAAAAAUGCUGGGAUUCAUUUAUGCUGUUUAUUAAAGUAUACACUGCAAUAGUUCUUCCAUUUUCGAUUUGUUUUAAAAAAUAUCCUAAAAUCCUCAACGCGUUUGAUACGGUUUUUGACAUCGCGUUUUUAGUCGACAUUGGGUUGACUUUUUUUACCACGUAUGUAGACAAAAAGGGUGUUCUAGUCACGGAUUUAAAAAAAAUAAAGUCAGAUUACUUAAAAGGAUGGUUUCCGUUGCAUAUUGUUUUUGGAUUGUCAUGUUUGACAUCAUCUUUUUUUUAUAAUGAAAGUAACUUCAUUUACGCAGUUCAAACAUUAAUAUUGAUACGAUUGUUACGAUUAACGUUUGCUCCUAAGAAGUUAAUUCCAUACUUGGAUAGCAACAUUUUUACAUUAGUUUUGUGGAUGUUCAUCUUUUUGAUAUGUGCUCAUUGGUUAGCUUGCAUAUGGUACCUGAUUGGAUUUCAAAUUGAUGUUGUUGUAAAACAAAAUAGUCAUGGAUGGUUAAGUUAUCUAAUGUCAAUAGAGUAUUCAUAUAGUGGUGCGAAUGCUACAACAUUAAUUGCUGACGGAAAAGGUCCACCCAUUCUAGAUUGCUAUAUUACAGCUUUAUACUUUGUCGUAACAAUUUUGUCAACAUGCGGAUUUGGAAACUCGGGAAAUGAUGCAAGUACCUUAACAGAAAAAAUGUUUACAAUAAUUGCAAUGGUUCUUGGUUGUGUGCUGUAUGCAUUUAUAUUUGGAAAAGUGAAUAAUAUCAUUGCACAACUUUACCAUGCAACAAAUGAAUAUUCAGCACAAUUGAAUGCAAUAAAACAUUUUAUUAAGACAUAUAAAGUCCCAAAUAGCAUAGGGUCUCGGCUUAAAGAUUACUUUAUAGCGACUUGGACUGUAACAAAAGGAGUAAACCAAGAAAAAAUAAUGAACAGGUAUCCACGCGACCUGCAAUCUGAUCUCUGUUUAUGCAUUCAUAAAAAAGUUUUUGAGAAAGAAACAUGUUUUAAAAACAUGUCUAAAGAAGCUCAGCGGUCAGUCUCUCGGUAUUUUUGGGUCUUAAGAACACCCCCUGGCGACAUACUUGUUUCCUAUUGUGAAAUGGUAGACUCAAUUUACUUUGUGAUUUCGGGAGCUUUUGAAGUUAACUGCAACGAAGAACUCAUUGGUCUCAUUGGACCUGGCGACUCGUUUGGACAAAGACUUGUUUCUAAACCAGAGAAAUCAACUUGUGAAGUAAAAUCUACAUCCUAUGGUAUUGUACAUAGUAUUAAUGUAGAUGGAUUGCUUAAAGCUCUUGCAAUUUUUCCUGAAGAACUAGAUAAAAUGAAAUAUACUUUAAAAUUAUCUGUUGACAUAACAAAAAAGAUUCAGAAAGACCGAUAUAAAGUUAAAGAAGUCAUUUUGAACAACUGGGUAGGAUCAAAAAGUAACUUAAUAGAUAUUUCAUUUGAAGCUGAAAAUCAUGAUGAUUCCAAGUCUAUAUUAAAACCUGGAAGUUCACUCAAUGUGAAAAUGCAAAAACAACCAAAAGAGCUAAAUAAAAAAGUUGCUCAAAAAACCUUUGAUGUCAAGACAAAAUCAGUUGCUACAAAAACACAAACAAAGGAUGCACGAAAUGUUAUAAAUAAAAAAUUUAAUAAAGUUACCCCUGAACUAGCUAAUCAUCCUAUUGAACUUGAAAACAAUUCUAAUGAGUUAAUUUGCUUUAGAAACAACACAGAUAAAUUCUUCUUUGCAAAUGGUGAUUCUUCAGUAUAGCGUAAUUUUCUAAUCUACUGGCAUAGUACGUAAAAUAGGUUUUCGAUUUUGUUUCUCAAAACAGUUAUAUAUUUGACAACCAAUCAUUACAAAGUAAUGACUAUAACAUAACUUAAAGUUAAAGCUUGAAUAAACAAAAAUUAAAAGUAGAAAUAUUUAACAACAAUCAACCGUGAUCAAACAUUUUUAAUGUAGGAGAAAAAUUGAAAUUCAAAAAAAAUAAAAAAAUUAAAAUAAAUAAAUAACAACAAGCAACAUGCAAAGCUUUGUUUAACUU